CGCGGCAGUGAAUCAGUUUACAAUCGUGUGUUGGUUACUGCCACUGGGUUUCUAAUACUCUCUCUAGUACUAGUAGUACGGAAAUACUAUAUCUAAGUUAAAGAUAAUAGGCUUCGCCCCAUGUGAUAGAAUUCGGGUUCGCAAUGGAGGAAGUUAUGACUUUGAUUUUACUGUCGUUAGCUAUGUUGGUAGGUUGCUACGUAGCUGGAUCGAUACCAUUGGUUUUCACACUUUCCGAGGAGAAGCUUCACUUUGUGACAGUGUUAGGAGCAGGAUUGCUAGUGGGGACAGCACUAGCCGUAAUUAUUCCAGAAGGAGUCCAUGUUUUAUACUCUUCUGCACAGUCCAAUGUCGGUGUUGACAAGCAUUUGACCGAUCAGGACCACAUUGGACCAGACAUGCCACACACACACGACCAUUCAGACCACAGUGGCCCGGAUGUAGCCCACUACAUAGGAAUCUCUCUAGUCCUAGGCUUCCUCUUCAUGCUCAUCGUGGACCAGAUUGGUGGAAGUCACUCCAGAUCUCAAGACUCGCCAGAUGCAGAAAGUGGAGCAACUGCCAAAGACAGAAGUCCUAAUAUCACUGCCACACUAGGAUUGGUCGUGCAUGCUGCAGCUGAUGGUAUUGCUCUAGGUGCUGCAGCUUCCACCACUCACACUGACACUGAAAUGAUAGUAUUUAUUGCGAUCAUGUUGCAUAAAGCACCAGCAGCAUUCGGUCUUGUGUCAUUCCUCCUACACGAAGGACUGGAGAGAAAUCGGAUACGAAAACAUUUGCUCAUCUUUGCUCUGGCAGCGCCUCUCUUGUCCGUGGUCACAUAUUUUGGGCUGAGUCAGGGCAACAAAGAGACGCUGUCGAACACGAAUGCGACGGGAAUAACGAUGCUGUUCAGUGCCGGUACGUUCCUUUACGUCGCCACCGUUCACGUGCUGCCGGGCCUCAAGCACUCACCUGAGGGAGGCGACCGGCAUGAGCACGGCUUCAGAAAGUCGGAACUUCUCGCGCUCCUUGUGGGGGGACUGUUUCCUCUCCUCAUCUCGUUCACGCACACGCACUGAUUGCGUGUUCUCCCUGCUUGUAUCCUUCACGCUUGCACCGAUUGCGCGUUCCCUCUCCUCAUAUCCUUGACGCACAUGCAAUGAUUGCAUGUUCCCUCUCUUCAUAUCCUUCACACACAUGCAAUGAUUGCA